AUGCGGGAAUUGAGUGAAUCGUUGCAAUUUCAUAGUGCUAAGCUUGAGGAGGUCGUUGAAUGCAUUGAUGCUUUCAAACAAAGUAUAAAAGUGCUGGAACGAAAAAAUGUGGAGCUAAUGAAUAGGAACAUUAAUUUAGAAACACGAGUCGGAGCACUUGAGCAGAGGCUCCAUGAAAUUGAACAAGAAAAGCUUAUAAAUUGCGUCGAAAUCGCUAACGUUUCUUGCCCAAGCACUGAAGACUUGAGUAAAAUAGUGGAAAGUGUGGCAAUAAAACUAAAACAACCCCUUGAAAGCGUCAAGAAUUCGCAAAGACUCCCAGGAAAAAAAGACCAACCAAUGAACAUCAAGGUCGAAUUGAAAGAUGAGUCCGAUCAAGAAAAAUGGAUUUUGGCUGCCAAAUCAAGUAAAAUCAUAGUAGCUGACAUAUGCCCUAAUGAGAAGAAUAACCACAAUGUAGUAUUUAUAAGAGAAGCGAUGACCAAAUCUAACAAAACCUUACUUUGGAAUGCGAAACAGGAGCUAAAAACCAACAAAAAUUAUAAGUAUGUUUGGAUCAAAAAGGGUUGUGUAAAGGCGCGCAAGGAAGAAGGAUCUAAAAUAUAUUCCCUUAGAACCCUGGAGGAUAUUCACGCACUAGCAAAUAAGUAAAUAGCUAUAAGGCUGCUUUAAUUAGGCACUUAAUAGACUUUUAAACAACCUUUCAUUAGUAAGCUGGAAAGUAUAAUAGAUGAUAUUUAUGAAAUUGAAGAAUGUGUAAAUAUAAACGAUUUUUUAAGUAAUAUUGAAAAUAUGCAUAUAAACUUAUUGUGUGUUCAUAUUAACAUAAGGUCUUUGAUAAAAAACUUUACGACACUUGAGCAAUGCGUAUUGACUUCAAAGAAAUUAAUUGACGUUAUUAUUCUUACUGAAGUUAAUAUUUCGGAUAACAUCAGCUCUUUAUAUCAUUUGGAUGGUUACCAGAUGUUUACAGCACUAAGAAAGGAAAGAAAGGGUGGUGGAAUAAUCAUUUAUGUAAGUAAUAAGCACAAACUCAGCAUAAAUUCAUUAAAAACAAAAUAUUUUGAGAACAUUUCA